GCGUUUUGUUACAAUCGGUUGAUACUUGGCUACCCGCAUGCACCAUUUACGAUGACACUGCUCACAACAAAUACUAGAAAUAAGAAUCGAAAAUACGAAUGCCAGUGCCUUCGAAUUACCCUUUUACAAAACGCUUGGUAAAUACAUGACACUUAUUGGAGUGAAUCCGUUUCAAAAUAAUAAAGUCAGUCUGGCACGAGUAAUCCCACUAGUGAUAUUUAUCAUGAGCGGUUUCGGUCCAAUGUACAUAAGAAUGUGGGAAACCUUGUACAAAAAGGACUUCGAUCGAUUCUUCGAGGACGCACCGCAAGCACUUACAGCACUUCUUAGUACUGUAAAAUUAUUGAAUGUCUUCUCAAAUAAAAUGCGUUUUAAAUAUUUAUUCAAUUAUAUAAUACGGGGAAGGCAAUUAAUGAAAUCAAGUCUAGAAAUGAAUGUGUUAGAUCAAAUUACCAACGAAGGAACUACACUUGCGACUAUAUACAGGAAAUGUUUGUGGCUAACGGUGACACUAUUUGUCUCGCUUUCUUUAUAUAAUCCUCUUGUGGAUCUCAUCGCGCCAUUAAAUGAAACACGGCCACGGCAACACUUGUUUCACGUGAAUUACUUGUUUCUAGACGAAAUGGAAUACUUUUGGCCGGUGUUCGUGCAUUUAAGUUUCGUUGCUGUCGCGACCGUGAUAAUCAUAAUCACCAUAGAUUCGUUAUACAUUGUUAUAAUACACCAUGCUUGCGGAAUGUUUGCGGCAUGUGGGCACCUUGUUCAGAAUGCAACUGAAGAUACAGUGGAGAGGAAAGGUGGCAUCAUCGAUGAUCACGGAUAUAAAGAAUAUAAUCGAUGCAUAAACGUGCAUUACGAAGCUCUUCAAUUUUACGACGUCCUCGAUGUUUGUUGCCGCAAUUCGUACUUGAUUCAAAUGGGUAUAAAUAUGAUGCUCGUCAGCGUGACAGCUGUUGAGCUAGUUAUAUUCUUUGAUCGACCGGCUGAUGUUAUCAGACUUAUUUCAUACCUUGCGGCUCAACUGUUUCAUUUGUACAUGAUAAGUUUACCCGGACAACGGUUAUUGGAGCAAAGUUUGGCAGUAACUGAUAAAGUAUGGUUUUCCAGAUGGUACGAAAUACCUGUCAGGGCUCAAAAGAUGCUCGUUUUGAUGAUAUUGAGGGCCAAUAAACCGUGCGUAUUAACAGCAGCAGGUCUAUAUCAAAUGACAAUAGAAAGUUUCGGGAUAACUGUUAAAGCAUGUAUGUCGUACUUCGCAAUGUUCUUAUCAGUGAGGGAAUAGUUAAAUGUAAAAUCGUCGAUAGUAAGAUAUUUCGCGAUUCAAAUGUUAUAUGUAUAUGUACGUACAUACAUUUCAGCGAAGAUUCUAUGUAUAAUUAUAAAUGUAAGUAGUAUAUAAAUUAUCAUAAUAAAAGAAAUGUAGCGUGUACAUACUACAUA